AUGCAGAGAGCCUCACGUCUAAAGAGAGAGCUGCACGUGUUAGCCACAGAGCCACCCCCUGGCAUCACAUGCUGGCAAGAUAAGGACCAAAUGGAUGAUCUGCGAACUCAAAUAUUAGGUGGAGCCAACACACCUUAUGAGAAAGGCAUGUUCAAGCUGGAAGUUAUCAUUCCUGAGAGGUAUCCAUUUGAACCUCCUCAGAUCCGAUUUCUGACUCCAAAAUAUCAUCCAAACAUUGAUUCUGCUGGAAGGAUUUGUCCAGAUGUUCUCAAAUUGCCACCAAAAUCCUCAGAAUUUAAAAAUAAUGAGCCAGUCUUUCUCAAGAAUGCCAGGCAGUGGACCGAGAAGCAUGCAAGACAAAAUCAGAUGGCUGAUGAAGUGCUUGAUAAUCUACCAGAGUCCAGUGACUCUGAAGUACAGAGCUCAACACAGAAAAGGAAAGCCGGGCAGCUAGGAGGCAUACAAAAGAAAUUUCUUCCUGGUGUUAAGGGGGUGUGUCCUGGUCCAUCUUAG